UUCGAAAAAGAAAAUUGUGUGCAGUACCGUACAAGUAAUGCAAAUCUAAUAUGUGUUCAGAGCUUUGAAGCAGUAAAUCGGGGAAGUGAUUUGGAGAACAAUGUUGCCAUGGCAACUAGAGGCAACUAGAGAGACGAUACUUCAGAGAAAUAUCAAAUAUUUACUGAAAAUAACACCCACAGUGAUAAUCGAAAAAUGAAUGAAUUUAGCAGUGAUAUUAGAAAACUCGCCGAUCUUCUCAAGACUGAUCAAGAGAGCUCAGAAAGUGAGGAUGAUCUGCCAGGGAUGUCAAAAAUUGGACCUGGAGACAUUGGGAAGAGGAAACCUGUUAGCAUUCGCAUUAAUGAGUCAGCCUCAGGUGACAACCAGCAGGAAAAUAAGAGAACUGAUCCAGAUGCAAUUUGGGAACCUGAUGAGGUUGUGAAUCAACCCAUAGGUGAAGAGUACUUUGACCCUCGAGAGCAGCCAGAAUAUGAAAUUAAGUAUCAACAAGCAGUGAGCCCCGAAGAUGUUUUCCUUCAGAUGAAUGGCAAAACACCAUCCACAGCAAGUUGUGAAAAUAUGGUUAUUGUAAUUUAUUUGAAAGGGGAAACAAAGAGUGAGAUCGAUCUGACCACCACAAAUGCGGCACUCGACAUCCGUUCACCUCUGUAUAGGCUACAUUUGUCUCUGCCUCACCCUGUUAAUGCGGAGAAAGGUCAUGCUGAAUGGGAUCCUAAAAAUGACACUUUAACCGUGAGACUUCUCAUGGUGCGUGAAUUUGACUUCGUAAACUUUUAGAAGUUGGCUCAUGAAAUCUUGUUCUUGCGUGUAGAUAUGAUCAUUUCAUAAUUUUGUGUGAAAUAAAAUUAUGAUUAAACAUAAAGCAUUACAAAAUUUUACAUACCUAAUAAUUCUUCAGUUAGCUUUUUUCUUCAGGAUUAUUUAAUUUUUUUACAAAUCGAUCAUUAACCAUCAGGACUCUUUUUGUUUUUGAAAAACUGGUUUAUUUCCCGCCGUCGUGUUCUGGAAAUAAGCAGGCAACGCUUCUGUACAGAUAAAGUCAACAAAGGCAACUCAGUCUCAUACCAACCUGCCAGUGCAUUCUAGACAGUGGUUUCUAAGUUCAACUGUGAUCUUCGAUCUGAAGCUUUC